AUGCCAAUGAAGUGGCUACAGGAGGCGCAGGGGGAGCCGUUCGAGUCCGGGCUGCCGCAGAUCAAGAGGCAGGCGAUCCUAGGGAGGGACAUCUUGUUGUGGAAGGACGCGGAGGGGGAAUGGCGGGCGGUGGAGGAUCGGUGCUCGCACAGGCUGGCGGCCCUGAUGAUGGGAAGCGUGCAGAAAGGCGGCACGCUGGCCUGCCGCCAUCACGGCUGGUGCUUCAAUGGCCGCGGCGAGUGCACCAACGUCCCCCAGGCCACUUAUGCCACUUCUGAGGCUGCGGCCUGCUCCAGCAGCCGCUCCAAGAUCUUGGCCUUUCCCACACUCCAGGCGGGUGGCCUUCUGUGGGUGUGGCCUGAUGAUUCUCCCAUUUCCUGGGUGGACGCUGCGGCAAUCAAACCCAAGUUGGGCAAAGUCACCAGCCCAGAUGUCGACUGGAUGGUCACCGACGUCCCAACCGCUACAGGAACUGGGUGGAAAACGCCUUUGACCCAACGCACGUGGACCACAUCCACCAUGGACAGAAUGCCUGUGGAGUGGCGUUCAGGCGAGAACACGCCUUCCUAG